UGGCAACCAGCAGCUGCCGGGCCAGCAGCCUCUACCGCAGCAGGGGUGGGGCACUGGGGGAGGGGGAGAGAGAGAGGAGGAGCCAGAGGAGGUGUCUGCUGCAAGUUCCUGGCUGCUUCCGAGCUCACCCCAUCCUCCGAGAGGGAGGAGGCCCAACUGGUGAUGCUGCUGCUGCUGCCGCCGCCGCCGCCGCCUCUAUUGCUGAUACUUUAGCGGGGCUGGAAGGGUGGUUCCUGUUCGCACUAUCGCCAACCAGAGACAGACAGAAAAAAAAAAAACAAAAACCGGCAGCCGCUGCUGAUGUUGGGUUCAGAGGCUGCAUCCGACUCGGUCACAAGGAAAAUGGAUUCAGUUUGCAUCUCUCCCUCCUUUAAACAGCUUCUCCGGGUCUCAGCAUGGGCUUCCAGGGCAGCGGUUGAGGAGACCUUACCAAGGAGCACCACACAGUAGAUGCUGAGACAUCGUACUCCAGGAUAAGAAACAGUAACAUGGCAGCACCUGCUUGAAAGAAAUUAAAAACCAACAGACUCCAUUUAGAAAGGAACAAUGUCCAAAAAAGGGCGAAAUAAGGGCGAGAAGCCCGAGGCACUCAUUGUUGCCCUUCAAGCUGCCAAUGAAGACCUCAGGACCAAGCUCACAGACAUUCAGAUAGAGCUGCAUCAAGAGAAGUCCAAGGUAUCAAAGCUUGAAAGAGAGAAGACUCAAGAAGCCAAGAGGAUUCGCGAGCUGGAGCAGCGCAAGCACACGGUGCUGGUGACAGAACUCAAAGCCAAGCUCCAUGAGGAGAAGAUGAAGGAGCUGCAGGCUGUGAGGGAGAACCUUAUCAAGCAGCACGAGCAGGAGAUGUCAAGGACGGUGAAGGUGCGUGAUGGAGAGAUCCAGAGGCUCAAGUCUGCUCUCUGUGCUCUCCGUGACGGCAGCAGUGACAAAGUAAGGACAGCGCUCACCAUUGAGGCCCGGGAGGAGGCCCGGAAACUGUUUGAUGCAGAGCGUCUUAAGCUCUUACAGGAAAUUGCGGACCUGAAAACGGCCAAGAAGCAGGUGGACGAGGCUCUGAGCAAUAUGAUCCAAGCAGAUAAAAUCAAGGCUGGGGACCUUCGGAGUGAGCAUCAGUCCCACCAAGAAGCCAUCUCGAAGAUCAAGUGGGAGUCGGAGCGGGAUAUUCGGAGGCUGAUGGAUGAAAUAAAAGCCAAGGACAGGAUUAUCUUUUCCCUGGAAAAGGAACUGGAGACCCAGACAGGCUAUGUACAGAAACUUCAACUUCAGAAGGAGGCUUUGGACGAACAACUGUUUCUGGUCAAGGAGGCUGAGUGCAACAUGAGCAGCCCAAAACGAGAAAUUCCAGGAAGGGCAGGUGAUGGUUCCGAACACUGCAGCAGUCCUGAUUUGCGAAGAAAUCAAAAGAGAAUAGCUGAAUUGAAUGCCACUAUAAGAAAAUUAGAAGACAGGAAUACCUUGCUUGGAGAUGAACGAAAUGAACUGUUAAAACGCGUGCGGGAAACCGAAAAGCAAUGUAAACCUCUCCUGGAAAGGAACAAGUGCCUCACCAAGAGAAACGAUGAACUGAUGGUGUCCUUGCAGCGCAUGGAAGAAAAACUAAAAGCCGUUACCAAGGAAAAUUCAGAAAUGAGAGAAAAAAUAACAUCCCAUCCACCCCUGAAGAAAUUAAAAUCUCUGAACGACCUCGACCAAGCUAAUGAAGAACAAGAAACAGAGUUUCUAAAACUUCAGGUCAUUGAGCAACAGAACAUAAUUGAUGAGCUCACAAGGGACCGAGAAAAGCUCAUCCGUAGAAGAAAGCAUAGAAGAAGUUCCAAGCCAAUUAAGAGGCCUGUUUUAGACCCUUUUAUUGGCUAUGAUGAGGAUUCUAUGGAUUCAGAGACAUCAUCCAUGGCCUCAUUUAGAACAGACAGAACACCAGCUACUCCUGAUGAUGACUUGGAUGAAAGUUUAGCAGCUGAAGAAUCUGAACUAAGAUUUCGACAAUUAACAAAAGAAUAUCAGGCCCUCCAAAGAGCAUAUGCCCUCCUGCAGGAGCAGACGGGAGGCAUCAUUGACGCUGAACGAGAAGCCAAGGCUCAAGAACAGCUUCAAGCAGAGGUGCUAAGGUAUAAAGCAAAAAUUGAAGACCUGGAAGCGACUCUGGCUCAGAAAGGGCAGGAUUCACACUGGGUAGAAGAUAAACAACUUUUCAUUAAGAGAAACCAGGAGCUUUUAGAAAAGAUAGAAAAACAGGAGGCAGAAAAUCACCGGUUACAACAGGAACUACAGGACGCCAGAGACCAGAAUGAGCUGCUGGAGUUUCGAAACCUAGAGCUAGAAGAGAGAGAGAGACGAUCCCCUCCAUUUAAUCUCCAAAUUCACCCAUUCUCAGAUGGUGUGAGUGCUCUACAGAUCUACUGUAUGAAAGAAGGUGUUAAGGAUGUGAACAUCCCUGAUCUCAUAAAGCAGCUUGACAUCUUGGGCGAUAAUGGGAAUUUAAGAAAUGAAGAACAAGUGGCCAUAAUUCAGGCCAGCACUGUGCUGUCCCUGGCAGAGAAGUGGAUCCAGCAGAUUGAAGGAGCAGAGGCUGCCCUACACCAGAAAAUGAUGGAAUUGGAAAGUGACAUGGAACAGUUCUGCAAAAUAAAAGGCUAUCUGGAGGAAGAACUAGACUACAGAAAACAAGCUCUUGACCAAGCAUAUAUGAGAAUCCAGGAACUAGAAGCUACUUUGUACAAUGCUCUACAGCAAGAAACUGUUAUCAAGUUUGGUGAAUUAUUAAGUGAAAAACAGCAAGAGGAGCUGAGGACGGCAGUAGAAAAGUUACGGCGGCAAAUGCUGAGGAAGAGCAGAGAGUAUGACUGUCAGAUUCUUCAGGAGAGAAUGGAGCUCUUACAGCAAGCCCAUCAGAGAAUUCGUGACUUAGAAGAUAAAACAGACAUCCAGAAAAGACAAAUAAAGGACUUAGAAGAAAAGUUUCUGUUUCUAUUCUUGUUCUUCUCUCUUGCCUUUAUUCUAUGGCCUUGAUGUCAAGGUGCCUCUUAAAGAGUAACCGAAAACAUGGAUAAGAUCCCAGAAAGACAAAUGCUUCUAAACCUUCAAAGAUGGCAAAAUUGUUUACACCAGUGAGAGGGAGAUCAAAAGCUAAGAACUACCCUGUAGCCAGGACUACAACUGUGUAUUUUAAAGCCAUUAUUCAAGGUUUCUUACUUGACAGUUCCUACACAACUCUGUUGAAAAUCUACAAUAUAUGCUGCAUUUAAUGAAACAUGUAAAUGUCAAAUCAGAAGAGAAGAACUAUAAACAUAUAUUGUGUAAAGAAAAAGUUCAGCAACGGAACUAGUUUCAGCAGAUCAAGCAAAGAUGUGUCUUGGGCAUGGAACCAAAGUUACAAUGAAACAUUCAACCCCUGCUGUGCAGGGGGGUCAUUUUAAUGUAACACCACACCCCAUGGAAACACUAGUCCUGAUAAUAAACAUCAUUUUAAAAGAUCAAAACAAACAAACAAAAAAAAACAAGGGUGGGUGGGGAGUGAAGCACGAGGAAUACCUAUGAAGAGCUAUUUACAAUAAAAUGUUUCAUUUGAAAAGUCUGGUUUCUUACUACAGGGAUUUGCUUUUCUGUCUUUAUGAUUGUUUUAAACUCAGGAACAGAGACCUCCGCAUCGUGAAUGGGAAGAAAAACACUCUUGUUUUUUGUUUUUCUGCAAAAGGUGGAGCUUGUGGGAUUCAUUCCACAGACAACAGAUGAGAAGUGGAUCACAGUGACCAUAACAAAACUGGUAACCAAGUCAAAGGACCUGGGAGAAUGUAACAUGUGAAAUAAAACCAGAUUCGAUGCUUCCUUGUCCUACUCUCACAUCUGCAUCCCUCCAUCAACAACGGACUGAUCUCAUUCAUAUUGAAAACUAAGAAGAUGAUACUGUAAAUCACAUGCUCCCUGACGUAGUUCUGUUUAGAACGCCAACAUCUAUAGGGAACAUGGGCCAGAGAGCAUCUCUGAAUCUUUCAUUUCCAAAAUACUGGUUUUUCAAAUGGCUGCUUAAAAUUGCCUGCAAAUGAAUAUGCUAUCUAUGAUUUGGGCAAAAACACAACAGAAUCAAUGAGUAAAUUUCUACCAAGAGUCGGGUUUGCCACAGAGAUGUGAAUAUUAAACUAAACUAUUAUUUUUCAAAGAAUCCUUAUAUGCCUAGAGCAUUCUGACCUCUUCUUGUUUAGAGUGAUAAUAUUUUUUCCCAGACAGAUGACAGCAACAAGAUAGCUCUACUUUUUUAUAUAGAAAUAACAUUAUGUUACUGACAAGGUCAUUUUCUACCAGAGAACAAUUAGAAGACUGGUACUUUUCCUAAGUUGUGUAUUACUGAGUCUUGGAUUCAUCUCUGAGAGCAAAUAUAUGUUCCUGAAAAACUAAUUUUACACCUCAUUUACUGUAGAUAACAGAACAACCUCAAUUUUUCAAAUUUUCCAAGUUUUAUUUAUGGGGCUAGAAUUCCCAUGCAUAGAGAAUAUGUGUAGGGAGCCAGAAACUCUUUCUAUGAAACGCUAUACAAAUCUUUCCAUAUGUGGGUUCAGUAUCAUCCUUCAGUUUUAGCACUGGCAUUUGCAAAGCCAGAACAAUAACUGAAGAAUGUACAAUAAAAACUGGAAUGCUGGGGUCCCACUUUUUGUUCUUACAUUUACUGCUGACCCAGGUAUCUUUGGCCCAGUCACUUAACCUCUCUGUGCCUCAGUUUCCUCAUCUGCAAAAUGGGGUUAAAAUGCUUUUUCAUAAAGUUUUAUUUGCAAUUUUAGAACAAGGGGUGCUUAAAGUAGCACAAUGUGCUUUGUAAUUAUUACAAGUGCUGUAUUAUUUGACUUUCUUGUGUUGUUGACAAAAAGAUUCCCUCAUGUAAUAAAAUAGUGCUUCGGUUUGGUUAAAUUUAAGCACUAUAGCACUGAAGCUUGCUUAUCAAGCUACUUGGGACAUUAUUAGCAAUAAAAAUUGAGAGAUUCAAAACCAGGAUCUUUAAUAAUCUAUAGCAAACAGAUCAUCUCAUGCUAUUGAACAAGAUAGAAGAGUUUGUCAUUUAUAUGAUAAGCAUCUCCCAGCUCUCUUGAUUGCAUAUGCAUGCCAUCAUACAGAACUCCACUUUUAUCACAGGAGAGCCAAUCAUCAAACAAAGACUUGGAGCAAACUGACAGUAUCACAUAAUUAGCUUGAUAAUCUUUUAUUCUGGAGGCAAGUCAGAUGACAUGUCCUACUUGGAAGAUACAAAACAGACUAUCCUACUGGAUUCUUUUUUGUUGUUGUUGUUGUUUUGUUUUUUGAGAUGGAGUCUUGCUUUGUUGCCCAGGCUGGAGUACAUUGGCACGAUCUUGGCUCACUGCAAGCUCUGCCUCCCAGGUUCAAGUAUUCUCCUGCCUCAACCUCCUUAGUAGCUGGAAUUACAGGUGAACACCACCAUACCUGGCUAAUUUUUGUAUUUUUAGUAGAGACGAGGUUUCACUAUGCUGGUCAGGCUGGUCUCGAAUUCCUGACCUCAAGCGAUCUGCCUGCCUCAGCCUCCCAAAGUGCUAGGAUUACAGACAUGAGCCACCAUGCCUGGCCUCCUGCUGGAUUCUUUAUUCAACUAGGUAGGUUCAAGAUUAAUGAGCCAUAGGCUCAUUAGGCAAAAAAUGUGAAAGAGGGUGCCUCUACAAUGUUGGUGACCCAACCCUAGCAAACUUGAGUCAGAAAAUAUGGAAGAGGAUAAAUUACUCUCACAUAUCUAAGACUUUUCCAUUUCUCUUUAUUCCAGGGCCCCUAUGAGUAAAUCUAUAUUCCAUCUGCUCCAACACACACCUUCCUUCUCUUAAUUUUGUUUUCCCACCCACCAAGAAAUUUGUAAGUCAAAAUUUAUUUCCAUGAACAAGCUAUUUCUAAAUGAGUGGAAAUAUUUGCAAAUGUGGUAUGGUUUAUAUGCCUCAUCGGCUUAUGUGCUGUAAAUCAUAUGAGAACAACAGCUAGGAUGAUUGUCCAAGCAGUUUUAGAUGUGUUUAGGGUCACACAAAAGAAGGUUUGUUUUUUCUUUCUUUUUGCUUAAGAUCCAAGAGAUUAGCAAAUUUCUCUAGACUAUAGGCUGAACUGUAAGUUUUACCAAGUCUUGCUCAUGAGCCUCAAAAUUAAUAUAUCCUUGAAUAAAGUCUAAAUAUUUCAAUAGA